AUGGCAGCAGGUAAAGCUCAGGAGAAGUACUCUAGAUGCACCUCCCAGGGUCGCAUAGACCCGAACAGUCGGAUGUUUAUCAUGGGAAUCCCUACGCAUGUAGAUACGAGUUCCUUGCGUUCUGAGAUCGAGAAUUUCGGCGACGUCGAGGUCUACAUGUGCGAGAACUGCCCGAACGACGCGGGCUGGGCGUUUGUCGGGUUCACCACCCGCGACGCCGUGAACAGAGUCUGUCGCGUCGUCAAGGCGUCUCCAAUGCAUGUGGGGGCCUGA